CCGCCGUCUCCUCCCCGAAAUCAGAUCGAGAUCCAGAAGGGUUCUUCUUCAGAUCGAGGAUUUAUCCGGCGGCGCCGCCCGGGCGGGUGCUCGGCCGCUGCUCGUGGCGACGACAUGGGAGACGAGGAGCGGGAGGACCAGCAGCCGGUGGCGCGGCUCCCUGUUGACUUGCUCGCGGAAGUCCUCCGCCGCGUCCCUCCGCGCUGGCUCGCCGCCUCCCGCUGCGUCUGCAGGGCCUGGCGCGACGCCGUCGACGGCCGCCGCCUCCUCCGCGCGGAUCUGCUCCCGCUCUCCGUCGCCGGCCUCUUCUUCCAUUUAGACGAGCACUUGUUCCCGGAGUUCCUCUCCUGCCCCGCCUCCUCGUCCCGUGCGGUCAGCGGCAGUCUCGGCUGCCUGCGCUCCAUCAACCCUAAUUACUCCCCUGACCCAAACCCUUGCGCUGAAAACAACUAUGCCGGCCAUAUCUGUGAAGAAGCAGGCGAUUGGGAGGAUUAUCGCGUUCUGGAUCAAUGCAAUGGGCUCCUCUUGCUUCGACAAUGGUUGGUUAACCACUUAACCCUGCCACGCGAAGGUGGGAUACUCUUCCCGAGUUCCCGCGUGGCUGGCCAAUCAUGCUCCAGGGAAUCUGUCGUGCGGGUACCGUGAGGGUCUGGUCUAUGAUCCCACGGUAUCGCCCUAUUACGAGGUGUUUAUGGUUCCCUAUUUGGGUUACAAACAUCCUGACGAUGAGGUAGACCCCUUGGAGGAGUCUGAAUGGCCACCAUCUCUGUGCAAGAUGCAUGUAUUCUCAUCGAGGUCGGGUUGUUGGGAGGAGAGGUCUUUCGCCUGACAAGGAGAUGCUGCAGGGACCGUCGGUGAGAUGCGACUAGGCUGGGGGCAAUAUUCCACCGCCUUUUUCUGAGGAACACUUUAUGUAUAUUACAUAGCUGGAUUUGUUAUGAGAAUAUCCAUGACUGAUAAUACAUAUCGUGUAAUUAAUUCACCAAUUGUUAGGGAGGGCUAUCCAUAUCUUGGUGUUGUAAGAUCAGAAAAGGGACUAUACUUUGUGUCACUCGAUAAUGGUUGGCUUAAGGUUUGGAUCCUUAACGAAUCGCGUGGUGAAAUUGGGUGGAUGUUGAAGCAUGAAAAAUACCUUAAGUCCAUGGUAGCGCAUGUUCAUCAGGAAUACCACAGCCGAUUUCAUGGUGACUGGAUCUUAGAAGAUAUUAAUUACAACUUAUUUCAAAAUUCUUCCCAUAUUCCGAAGGGGCUGAAGGGCUAUGAUGAGGAUGAUGAUGAUGUUAAAAACGAAGACACCAAGAAAACUAUAGUGGCAGAAAAUGUUGAUAAUGUUCUUGGUAGUGGAGAUGAAGUUGAAGAGUAUUAUUGGGAUGUCAGCAUACUCGGGUUUCACCCAUAUAAAGAGAUUGUCUUCUUGACUACUGAUGCAGUGCAGACAGGAUUUGCCUACCAUUUGAAUAGCUCGAAGAUGGAAGGCUUAGGCAAUAUAUACCCAAGGGAUUAUAUAUAUUUCAAACUGAUAACUAAUGAAAGGGAGAAGAUUCUAUCUUGUUUUCCAUACACCCCUUGCUGGAUUGACGAGUGCCUUAGAAACAACUGGUCUACAACUUCAUCUUAAACAACAACCCAUGUUUGUAAGGGAUUUGUAUCUACUGGAAAAUAUUUAUGAUUAUGUUUGAUUUCUGCUGUGAGUUAUGUACUCAGUACUGCUUACUAUAGUAUGCUUUAUCAGCUCUCUCUUUUAAUCAUGCAGUCCUAGAAAAUUUAAGAUAUAUAUCUAUCUUUAUGAGUCAAGCUCUUUCUGGCUAGCUGCAGCUGUAACUUGAUACACUGAAUUAUGCUAUGAUAUAAUUGUGCUGCUCUACUAUGCUCUACUAUUGUAGUAUAUAGCUACAUAUCACUACAUACUAGUAGAACUCAAUGCUCUGUUUUCCCUUCGCAUUCAAGAUUUUGAGCUUCAGCUAACUUGACUGCUACUCUUUUGGGUGAAGAUACUGUCACAUUGUUUGUAGGGGUUCUAUCAUAUUGUUUGUGAGGCAAGAUACUGUCACAUUGUUUGUAGGGAUGCAACUUCUGCUCGUACUGCACUUUCUGGUGAUGCAGUCUGGGACAGAGGCCAAGCAGCAUCAUUGACUCCCUCCUCUGCUGCGGCGUCGCAGACGCAGUGGGAGGCGGUGAGCCAGCGCAGGGGUACACGGCAGGGGACUUCGGCCAGCAGGUCUUCCGCCCGCUCCUCCUCUCCCAUGUCGUCGCCACGAUGAGCUAGCGGUCGGCGCCGCCGGAUCGGGAGGGGAUUCUGCGGCUGGUCUCGAUCUGAUUUGGAAGUGCCCUUCUUGAAUCUCGAUGGGGAGAAUCUGUCGUGGUAACAUUCAAGGACUCAAAUAGGACCCUGAACCAGCGAUAUAUUACAACCAAGCCAUCUUAUUUCUAACAGAAAACAACAUCCAUGAGUUUCCUGUCGGGUGAUUAGCACAUUUUUCUCCCUCUCCCUCUCCCUUAGUGUAUCCAGCGUUAAUCCAAUUUCCUCUUAAUUUU